AUGGCGCACCCACGCAUCGAAGAGGUCGAGGACAGCGACGAAGGGUACUCGGACCCGUCCGAGGGCGACAUUGACGACUUUGACGAAGGCGACAUUCUGCGGGCGGUAGAGCCACGCAGCCAGACGCAGCAGCCGAAGCCAACGCAGACACAGACACAAAGACAGCCACCGCAGCCGUCACGUGCCUCUGCCGCAGCAGCAGCGGCAGCGCAGCGAGUUUUGGGCGACGGACCGCCGCCGUCGUACGGCAGUUUUGCGGCGUUGUAUCCGGUGUAUUUUGACAGCGCGCGUUCGCGAGCCGAGGGUCGACGCGUUGGUCGGGCACUGGCCGUGGCCAAUCCGCUGGCUCGUGAGAUCGUCACGGCCUGUGCCAACUUGGGUCUGCGCACCGUCUUUGAGCCGACCAAGACGCAUCCGAAGGACUGGGCCAACCCGGGACGUGUUCGGGUCGACCUCGCCAGCGCCACCGCCACCGUCCACAACAAGCACCAUCUCUAUCUUCUUGUCGCCCGCCACCUUGCCGCGCAUCCCACCACCGACGACAGCGCCGGCCUGCGUGAACAGGUCCGUGGCGCCCCUCCACCACCCCCUCGCGGCCAGCCUUACCCUCGACCGGCCGUGCCGCGCGGCUGGAAGAUGGGUCCCCUCGUCCCUUACCUCAGCCCCGCCAUGACCGGCGGCGGCGUCUCCGAAAACCUCUUUCAGGACGUCAUCAAGGAAAUGCAGGGCGCCGGCAGCCCCGGUGGCCCAUCGGGUGGCCCGGCCGGUCUGGCCGGCAUGGCCGGCAUGGGGGGCCUCGGCGGCAUGGGCGCGGGCAUGCCUGAUAUGCAGCGCGCCAUGCAGGCCCUCUCUGGCGGCGCUGAACCCCCCGUGCCGCCCACCACCACCAAGAAGACGAGAAAGGGCAAGGGCCGGUCAUAG